CGCUUCCCGCUGCCGCUUCCCGCGCGUUGGGUGUGUGGAACGCUCGAGCACCGUUCAUGGCUGUCAUAAGUCGCGUUAGGGUUAUUCCUGCCCUGUGAUACUUGAUCCGUUCACUCCUCACUUCUCCAGGCCAACGAACGAACAGAGCAAACAUGGCACAAACGGGUGACAAGAAUGGCACGGACGAUCUACGACAUCUGCUUGACCAGAUGUCCCUUGAGGAAAAGAUCACAAUGCUGGCGGGGAAGAACGUAUGGGAGACACCUGAGAUUGAUAGGCUGGGUAUACCGUCGUUGAAAGUGUCUGACGGGCCCAACGGCGCACGCGGUGGAUCAUUUUUUGAUGGUACGACUGCAGCAUGCUUCCCAGCCAGUGUCUCCCUAGCCGCGACUUUCAAUCCCGACCUAUCUCGGCAGGUUGGAAAAGCCCUCGGGCAAGAAGCCAUCACCAAAGGAGCAUAUGUGCUUCUGGGACCGACGGUUUGCUGCCAUCGAUCUCCGCUCGGAGGGAGGAACUUUGAGGCGUUCAGCGAAGACCCGCAUUUGAGCGGAGUUUUGGCGAGCGAGUAUGUGAAAGGGCUGCAGGAAGAGAGAGUCGCGGCAACGGUCAAGCAUUUCCUGGCGAAUGAGCAGGAUACGAGACGCUUCUCAAUUAACCAAACCAUCUCUGAGAGAGCCUUACGGGAAAUUUACCUGCGACCAUUUGAGAUGGUAGUAAAGGAGGCAGACCCAUGGUGCUUCAUGUCCAGCUACCCUAAGAUCAAUGGCAAACACGUUGAUGCACAGCCCAAGUUUUUAGACACUAUCCUAAGGAAAGAAUGGAACUAUGAAGGCUUAGCGUUCUCCGAUUGGGGUGCAGCGAGCACUGUAGAGAGCGUGAAAUAUGGCCUCGAUCUCGAAAUGCCCGGGCCACCACGCUUUAGGACGCCAGAAGCCGUUAAUAAGGCUUUGAAGAGCGAAGCCAUUAGCGAGUCCGAUAUUGACGCACGUGUCUUGUCAACGCUGGAGCUCCUCAAAAAGGUUGGAAAAUUCGAUGACCGCAAGACUACGCCAGAGGAAGAAGCCAUAGAUCGACCGGAACAUCGCGCGCUAAUCAGAAAGGCCGGCGGCGAAGGUAUCGUAUUGCUCAAGAAUGAGGGCAACAUUUUACCCAUAGAUGUCAAGAAAACUAAGAAGAUUGCGCUGCUGGGCCCGUUGGCAAAGUAUGCGGCAGCUCAUGGUGGUGGUAGCGCAAGUCUGAACUGUCACUAUAAAGUCACUCCAUAUGAUGCGUUCACACGUAGGUUGGGUGAACAAGUCGAGAUCACGCACUCAAAAGGUGCACAUAUUUUCCGUGUUUAUCCUGAUCUGGAGACGGGGUGUAUCAAUGCUCGUGGCAAUCCCGGCUUUCUUGCGGAGUACUUCAUGACUCCAACGACGACAAAUGUGCCCUUUCUCGUUGAGGAGUUUCCGCGUAGCAGCUUCACAACGUUGAUGAAUACCCGUGUUACAGGUUGUCAAACAGUGCGUUUCGGAACAAACUACCGUCCCUCAGUCUCCGGGUCCCACUAUCUCAGUUUCUCUGGGCUUGGUCCCUCCAAACUCUUCAUCAAUGAUGAGUUGGCGGUUGAGCAAACGGAGCCUUGCAGUGACGCCAUGGGCUUCUUGCUCGGCGUACAGAAGGAGGUCCGCGUGCGAUUCAAGUUCGAAGCCGGAAAGGAAUAUCGCGUCGUCAUUGAGACACAUCCAAGUCCUGUUUCCAAUGCAGAGAUCUACCUGUUGGACAACCAGUGCUCAAUUCACCUCGGCUUCAUUGCGCAAGAGGAAAUGGAACAAGAUGUUCUUGCCGAAGCCGUGAGUCUCGCACAAGAAGCAGACUUGGCCAUCGUAUUCGUAGGUAACACCACACAAUGGGAAACAGAAGGCCAGGAUCUGGAGAGCAUGACGUUGCCAGCCGAUGGAUCACAGGACCACCUAAUCGCCCGCGUUGCUGCGGCGAACCCAAACACCAUAGUUGUCAACACGACCGGCGUACCCGUUGAGCUGCCGUGGCUCGACGCUGUUCCAGCACUCGUACAAGCGUGGUACGCAGGUCAAGAAACCGGAAAUGCGAUUCUAGACGUACUACUUGGCGAGACGUGCCCGAGUGGGAAGUUGCCCAUCUCCUGGCCAAAGAAGUACGAACACACAGGCUGCUACGGCAACUUUGGCCUCGACAGCUUCGAAUCGCGGAAAGUAGAGUAUGUAGAAGGCGUAUUCGUGGGGUACAGAUGGUUUGACAAGUUCUGGGGCCAAGAGCAGGAGGUAAGGUUUCCGUUUGGUUUCGGUCUCUCGUACACAUCGUUCGAGAUUAAAGACGCCGUGGUCGAAGGAUCGAUCUCCAGCGAUCCUAUUGCCAAGGUCAAAAUCACAGCCAAGGUUAGAAACACAGGGACCAUUGCAGGCGCCGAAACGGUGCAGGCUUACCUAGCGCCUCCUGUAGUAGACGGCUUCGCUCGACCCACGAAGGCUCUUGUUGGCUUUGCGAAGGUGGAACUACAGCCUAGCGAAGAGCGGGAGGUGCAGAUAGAGUUUGGGAGGAGCGAUGCGGCGUAUUGGGAUGAAGGGUCAGACAAGUGGAGAGUUACGGAAGGGGCGUAUGAAGUGUUAAUUGCGACGAGUUCGCAUCCUGAAGAUAUCAAGGUGAGGUUAGCAACAGCUGUGAAAGGGGGUUUCGUGUUCGCAGCAUAGUCUAAGGUUGUGCUCCAAGUAUAAAAAACAAAUCAAAGACGGUGUUUCAAUAACAUCGUACAGUACAAAUC